ACACAUGUGUAGCGAAUGCAAACUGCUGCUUCACAUCCACAUGCUUUAGAGAUCCGUGAGCGGGGACCUGAAUCAGCCUCUCUGGGGCGACCUGCUAGCUGCCUGUCCGUUAAAGCUAACCAGCUGUCAAGAAGACCCUUGCCUGGAACGUGUUGGGGUUGCUGCUCAGAGUCCAUGUUUUUAGCUCGCUCCCUGAUCAAGAUGUCAGGUCACAAUCCUUUGUUGAGGCUGGAGCAGCGGGCGGCCGAGGCUGACCAGAUCAUCGAGUACCUGAAACAACAAGUCCAGCUGCUGAAGGAGAAAGCCAUGGUCCAGGCCAGCGUCAGAGAGGAAAAGAAACUGAUGGUGGAGAACGCCAAGUUGAAGAACGACAUUGAGGAGCUAAAAAAACAGCUGCUGGAAAAAGAGAAGAGGAGGGGAGUGCUCGAGGUGGCGAUGCCAUCAGAUGGCACUAGUGUCAAGUGUGUCUCUAAGCCUGCUGCUCCCAAACUCGCUGGACCCUCGCCCUCUGCUGCCCCUGCUGCUGACGUCCAGAGUCCCCCUCUCAAAGAUGAGAGUAAGAAGAAGAAGCCAGAGAAAAAAGGGGAGAAAGCAGAGAAGAAGCAGGCUGCUCCGAGCCAAGAAGAAGCCAAGGUGGAUGUGUCUCGUCUGGACCUGCGUAUUGGACGUAUAAUCACAGCAGAGAAGCACCCUGAUGCAGACAGUUUGUACGUGGAGCAAGUCGAUGUGGGAGAGGCUGCUCCAAGAACAGUGGUCAGUGGGCUCGUGAAGCACAUACCUCUGGACCAGAUGCAAAACCGCAUGGCAGUCCUUAUGUGUAACCUGAAGCCAGCCAAGAUGAGAGGAGUGGUGUCGCAGGCUAUGGUCAUGUGUGCCAGCUCACCAGACAAGGUGGAAAUCUUGGACCCUCCAAGUGGAUCAGUACCAGGCGACAGAAUAACUUUCCAAGGCUUCCCAGGUGAACCUGACAAAGAACUGAACCCCAAAAAGAAGGUGUGGGAGCAGGUCCAGCCUGACCUACGCACAGACGACCAGUGUGUUGCAACCUACAAGGGAGCAGCCUUUGAAGUGGCAGGCAAGGGAGUGUGCAAAGCCCAAACCAUGAGCAACAGUGGAAUCAAGUAAAAUAACAGAGCUGCUUGAAAUAGCUCAGUGUUUACUCUGCAAUCAUCUGCAGUGAUGACCACGAUGCUGUUGAGAAACAGGAUGGUGCUGAAUGGAAGGAAAUGCUUUGAAGAUGUUCAAUAAAGGGAUUUAAAAUGAAA